AUGGCGUCAACCAUCCCUCGGCCGGGCCCUGCCAACCUGCGCCCAAAUGCCAGCCUGGAUGAGUGGUUGGACGAGGCAAAACAGUGCCACUAUCUCCCCGAGCGGACCAUGAAGGAGCUGUGCGAAAAGGUCAAGGAGAUUCUAAUGGAGGAGUCCAACAUCCAACCCGUCUGCACCCCCGUCACCGUCUGCGGCGACAUCCACGGCCAGUUCUACGACCUACUGGAGCUCUUCCGCGUCUCGGGCGGCAUGCCGGGCGAAAACAACGUCCAGCCUCCAAAGACGGCGACCACUGUCAUCACAUCCGAGGACAUCGAGCCACCGAGUGAGAUUACGAACCCCAAACUCCGAAAGAAGCUUCGGUCGUCUUCCGCCGACGGUGCGAGAUCGAACAGUGCUGAUGGCCAAGAAGUCGCCUCCCCGACGACCGCGGCCCCCUCCGGCUCUAAUGUCACGUCUUCCCAAAGUGCCGAGACCAGGUUCAUCUUCCUCGGGGACUUUGUUGACAGGGGAUACUUUAGCCUGGAGACCUUUACCUUGCUCAUGUGUCUCAAAGCCAAAUACCCCGAUCGAAUUGUCCUCGUCCGGGGAAAUCACGAAUCGCGCCAGAUCACUCAAGUCUACGGGUUCUACGAAGAGUGCCAACAAAAAUACGGAAACGCCUCGGUGUGGAAGGCCUGCUGCCAAGUCUUUGACUUUCUCGUCCUUGCCGCCAUCGUCGACGGCGAGGUCCUCUGUGUUCACGGCGGCCUGAGCCCGGAGAUACGGACAAUCGAUCAGAUCCGAGUGGUGGCCCGCGCCCAGGAAAUCCCACACGAAGGAGCCUUCUGCGACCUGGUCUGGUCCGACCCCGAAGACGUCGAGACGUGGGCUAUCAGCCCCCGCGGCGCCGGAUGGUUGUUUGGCGACAAGGUGGCGACCGAGUUCAAUCACGUCAACGGCCUGAAGCUGAUUGCACGAGCUCAUCAGUUGGUGAAUGAGGGAUACAAGUAUCAUUUCGCGGAGCACUCGGUUGUGACGGUGUGGUCGGCGCCCAACUACUGCUAUCGUUGCGGUAACGUCGCUUCCAUCAUGUCGGUUGACAAGGACCUGAACCCCCGAUUUAGCAUUUUCUCGGCGGUCCCGGAUGACCAGAGACACGUUCCGGCGAGCAGGAGAGGACCUGGUGAUUACUUUUUGUAA